AUGGCGCUCUCCAUUUCCGCACCCACCUCGUCUCCCUUCCUCCCCGCCCCCCGCCAGGCCGGCAGGUGGAGCUCGUCACCAAGCUCGGCUAAGCCCGCGGUUUUUAGCCUCCGGAGGCCGGUUGUGGCGGCACGGGCCGCCGCCGGCAACGCGCCCUCUUCCCCCGCAGGCGCGGUCGUAACUGAGCUCGACGUGGUCUCCAGCUUCAGCGAGAUCGUGCCGGACACAGUCGUGUUCGAUGAUUUUGAGAAGUUUGCACCAACGGCGGCCACCGUGAGCUCUUCACUGUUGCUUGGGAUCGCAGGGCUACCGGAUACCCAGUUCAAGAGUGCCAUAGAUACCGCAUUGGUAGAUGGUGAAUGUAACACAAUGGAGAAGCCCGGGGACCGGAUGUCCUGUUACCUUACCAAGGCCCUGGGGAAUGUUGGAGCUGAGCUGGCUCAUCAAGUUCCUGGAAGAGUGUCCACGGAAAUAGAUGCUCGAUUGGCUUACGAUACCCAAGGAAUCGUCCAGAGGGUGCAUGAACUGUUGCAGAUAUACAAUGAACAUGAUAUCCCAUCAGAACGUCUGUUAUUCAAAAUUCCUGCUACAUGGCAAGGUAUAGAAGCGUCAAGAUUACUUGAAUCUGAAGGAACUCAAACACAUCUAACAUUCGUUUACAGUUUUGCACAAGCAGCAGCUGCAGCGCAAGCUGGUGCAUCAGUCGUACAAAUAUUUGUGGGGCGUAUUCGGGAUUGGGCAAAGAAUCACUCUGGUGACCCAGAGAUUGAUGAAGCUUUAAAGAAGGGAGAAGAUGCUGGGCUUGCCUUGGUGAAGAAAGCGUAUGUGUACAUUCACAAGAAUGGGUACAAGACAAAGUUGAUGGCCGCUGCCGUGCGCAACAAGCAAGACGUGUUUAGCCUUCUGGGGAUCGACUACAUCAUCGCGCCCCUGAAGAUACUGCAGUCCUUGGAUGAAUCUGUGACCGAUUCCGAUGAAAAGUACGGUUAUGUCCAGAGGCUGACUCCUUCGCUUGACAAGAUGUACAACUUCAGCCAAGAGGAGCUUGUGAAAUGGGACCAGCUGAGCCUGGCGGCGGCGAUGGGGCCAGCGGCGGAGGAGCUGCUUGCUUCUGGGCUGGAAGGGUACGCGAACCAGGCGCGGCGCGUGGAGGAGCUCUUCGUCAAGAUCUGGCCACCCCCCAAUGUUUGA